GGGCCGCCUUAGCUUGGUGCGUGCGCAGCCGGGCGUGGGGCGGUUGGUGGGCUCCGUCGUCGAUUUCUAGUUACCUGAAGCGGCCGUUUAACCCCAACCCUGGACCCUUCAGAGUUUAAGACCACCCCGCUCCGGGUGCCCCGGACCUUAGGGUUCAGGAGGGGUGAGUCAGAAUUCAGCCGAAUUUACCAUGGCGGCUACCGAUCACCGCAACGGCCAUUCCCCAUGAUUGAUGAGGGUGAUGAUGUCACUGAGGAGACCUUGAGCUCUGACAUUCAGAAACUGAAGGAGAAGCAGGACAUGCUGGACAAGGAGAUCUCCCAAUUAACAGCAGAGGGCUACCGUGUGAUCGAACUGGAGCAGCACAUCUCCCUCCUCCACGAGUACAAUGACAUCAAGGAUGUGUCCCAGAUGCUGCUGGGCAAGCUGGCUGUGACUCGAGGCGUUACCACCAAGGAGUUAUAUCCAGAUUUUGAUCUAAACCUGAAUGACUGAGCAGCUUCUUGGAGAUUUUUAUCUACAGCCCACAGGGACUGAAAGAUGGAGGCAUAAAAGGCAGAGAGCCCAGACAGUAUAUUCAUGUGGUUUCUAGAUUAAAAAAAAAAUGCUAGAAACCCCCCAAAGUUUGGGGUGGGUCCUAAAGAAGAUAGGUAUUGGGAGGGGUGGGUAUUGUCGGUGCUAAGGUUCCUAAACAUACUCGUGAAUGGGUGUGUGUGGUUGUCCCUUUUGUUAAUAAACAUAUACACAGUUUC